AUGGAAUUUCUUGGAACCACUCAGACAGCCAGCUACUGCAGCCCAAAGAAAGCAUGUGGCCCGGGCUCGCUGCCCCCUGCCAUGCAGCAAGAGUGCUACCAGCCCUAUCACCUACCCGGGUAUCGCUACCUCAACUCCUGGAGACCCGGCGUCUUCUACAAGACCUCCACCACCCAGCUGUGCCCCGAGGAGUGCCGCCCGGCCCUGCGACCCCCGUCCAUGCUGCCCUCGCUGCGGUCCUCCCUCUUCUGCCGCUACAGCACCCACGAUUGGGAGCAGUCCAACGACCUGCAGCUCCGCGGGGCCGAGGCCUCCAAUCUGUGGGCCAGCCGGAUGACCAACGACUCGCUGCGGCUCAUGCAGGACAAGGAGCAGCUCACGCGCCAGAUGCAGGAGGGGUCCACCCGGAACCUGAGCCAGAGGCUGUCGGACAUCGGCUUCUGGAAAUCCGAGUUAUGUUACGAGCUUGACAGGCUCCUGGUGGAGAGCCGGAGCAUGGAUAAUAUCAAGAGGCGGCUGGAGUGUGCAGCUGAGCAAGUGAACUCUCCGCUGCAGGUGGCGCUCGAAUGCCUGUACUUUCGGGAGAAGAGGGUCGGGAUUGACUUGGUCCACGACAACGUGGAGAAAAACCUUAUCCGGGAAGUCGAUUUGCUAAGAUGUUCUCAAGAUCAGAUGCGAAAUUUAGCUCAAAGAGUCAAUGUUCAGAUUCGGGAUAACCGGGACACACAGCACUCCCUGGAGAAGGACAUCGAGGACAAGAGCUCAGCCGAGUACAUAGACGAGAAGUGCUACAACCUGAGAAACACAUCGGAUUCCAUCAGCUUCUUCCACGGCAUGGAGAAAGUGGAUGGCUCAGUCUCAGUGCCAGAGUCCUGGUCCAGGUUCAGCAACAACAACAUCAGACACUCUCAGAACAUGCGGGCCAACUCCAUCCGGCUGCGCGAGGAGGCUGAGCACCUGUUCGAGAGUCUGUCAGACCAGAUGUGGAAGCAGUUCACCGACACCAACCUCGCCUUCAGCAGCCGCAUCUCCGAGGAGACGGACAUGAAGAACAAACUGCAGACCCAGCUGGCAAAGACGCUGCAGGAGAUCUUCCAGACGGAGAACACCAUCAUGCUGCUGGAGAGAGCCAUCAUGACGAAGGAGUACCCGCUGAAGGUGGCCCAGACCAGGCUGGACUGCCGGACCCGGCGGCCCAAUGUGGAGCUGUGCAGGGACAUGGCGCAGUUUAAGUGA